AUGGCUCCAAUGCCACCGAUCGGCUACAUCGAACAACUCGCGACGACUCUUCGCCGUCACGGAACUGGAAUAUGGCGUGAUGUGCGUAGCAAUAUUAUACAAGGGACCAGUGCAAAUGCCUUUGUUCCGACUGCCAUGAAGCCUUCUCAUCGUUUAAGCGUCCGUGAUGAGUCCAAACAACCGUUUCAUCCUGGACAAGGCGCUGUGAGCCCCAGUAAGAUCAACAUGCAGGGUAUGCUGGCGUUGUUCGCCUUCAUUGGUGCAGUAUUUGUUCUUGCCGCAAUUUGGUUCUUUUUCUGGGCAAAGAAUGGAGGUUUCCAAUGGCGAGAAAAUGACUGGGAGGAAUAUAAGUCUACUGUAUUACGACGAAAAGGACCGGAUGGCCGUACACUGACAAACGCCACGAAGAGUACGAAACUUGGUGGGGGAAGUAUUGUUGGGCGGCAGUAUCACGACUACGAUGACCAAACAACAGCUAUGGAAACUGCUACUGUUGUUACUGAAAAGAAGAGUCGAGGAAAACGGUUCAAAGAGUCUGCGAAGCAAAAGCUAUUGAAGAAAAGAAAGGACGAUGUGUGGGAGGGUAGUCAUGACGAAGAUGUGCGAGCCUAUCGGAAUGAAAAGCCGGCGAGGGUGGGUGGUAUGAAUCGUGAACCGGAUGGGACGUACCACGGCACCGAGUACAGCGGAACACUCGACCAAAGAACUGAAUGGACCCAUAGCGAAAUGGGCGAGACUCAUGCCGAGACAGAAACACGCUAUGACCCGCCAGAUGCUGGACGGGCACGAGGAACAAGAACAGUCUCCACCUUUUCCUUUGUUCCAGGCACUGAAGACUCGAUCAGCAACGCCCCGGAGGAACGCUAUUCUCGUGAUUCCCGAAAUCGUCGAGAAAACUACCGGACCCGUUCUCAGAAUCCUCCACGACCCCAAGGCCCAAGGCCUAGCACCAAUACACGGUCGCGACCACCGAGCCCUCGUAAAAAGGACGGCUCCGUGCUACCUGGUGGGUACACCACGCCACUGGACAUGUCUUCUAUUACUGCCUCGGAAUAUACGUAUGAUAGGCUGGAAGGAUCAGACAACGGCACUAAAUCGUAUCACCACCCGAUACCGGGUUUGAGUAAAGGCUAUCGGCGCGCCGGUGGAGGGAGAGGAAGAAGAAGAGACAGUUUGAGUGACAGUGAAGGAGAUGAUUACGACAGCCGUCUAUCUUAA